AUGUCUACCGGUUACAAGUACAUUGCCAUCGUCGGUGCUAGUGGCAGCAUUGGAAAGAUAAUUCUCAACGGCCUGAUCGAGUACUCCCUGUUCUCUAUCACUGCCAUCACCCGCAAAGAAAGCGAAGCUACCUUCCCUCCCGGUGUCACCGUCCGCAAAACCGACUUCUCGGAAUCUGAUCUCGAAGCGGCCUUCAAGGGCAAGGAUGCCGUAAUUUCCACGGUCGGAGCUACGGGCUUCGCUGAGCAGAAGAAGCUUGUUGAUGCAGCUCUUCGUGCCGGAGUCAAGCGCUUCAUCCCGUCCGAGUUCUCCGCCAGCAACCAGAACGAGAACGUUGUGAGGCUGUUGCCUCUGUUUGGCCAAAAGACAGAGGUUCUCAAGUAUCUAAAGACCAAAGAGUCUGAGGGACUCAGCUGGACCGGUAUCGUUCCGUCGCUUCUGUUCGAUUGGGGCCUCGAGAACGGCUUCCUGGGAUUUGAUAUCUCUAACCGCAAAGCCACGAUCUGGAACGGGGGAAACAAGAAAUUCACCCUUAGCAAUGAGAAGCAGCUCGCACAGGCCGUGGUAUCUACCCUCCAACGCCCCGAAGCGACUAAGGAUCAGUACCUAUUUAUUGCGUCAGUUGAGACCAGCCACAAGGAACUUCUCGCCGCUUUGGAGGAGGCCACGGCUGCUAAAUGGGACGUCACAAAGACUACGACUGACGAGCAGGUUAAUGACGGAAUGCAAAAGCUUGGAGCUGGUGAUUUCAGCGGCGCGUUCAACCUGGUCCGAGCUAUCUCUUUCGGUAAUAUCCCUGGUUUGAAUGCAAAUUAUAUAAGGGAUGAGAGACUUGGGAACGAUGUGUUAGGAUUGGAGCUGGAGAGUGUCAAGGACACCGUGAAUCGUGUUGUGAAGAGCUCAGGCUAGACGAUUAAAGAUGUUGUGACCAACUAAGAACUCAAGAAUAGAGCUGACCAGAUAAGUAGGGUUUGGUGUGCUGCUGGCUACGUUCAAGUAUGUACCCACAUACAACCACUCUUGAAGAAUAACAAUUUCUGUCAGCUUAAUAGACGACACAAGAAAUGGCAUUCCUUGUCCGCGGGAUAAGUCUCAAUAAAGAAUUUCCAAGCUCCAUCGUUGCCGCAUGUUCAUAAUGUUAGACCGGACGAAUUUAAGCAAAGGCAUGGAGAUGUUAGAACGAG